AAUCAUGGGAUAGUGGAGGACUGCCAUAGGUCACUCUGUGAGUAAGUCAGGUAGAAUUCCUAACGAUGUCAGCGGUGUGUUUCUGUUUGGGACGGCACAGUGCCUCGGCCUUCCGCUCCUUCACCGGCUCGGCGGUAGUGCGCUAUGUGCAGACGGCUGCAGCUGCUGCCCCCCAGGCACAGGUUAAGAAGCUCCAGAUAUACCGCUGGGACCCAGACACACCCGGGGACAGGCCCCACAUGCAGACCUAUGAAAUAAACCUCAAUAACUGUGGUGUAAUGGUGCUGGACGCACUGAUUAAGAUCAAGAACGAGAUGGACUCUACGCUCACCUUUAGACGCUCCUGCAGAGAAGGUAUCUGUGGCUCCUGUGCAAUGAACGUUGAUGGUGUCAACACGUUGGCCUGCCUGCACAAAAUUGACACCAACACCAGCAAAGUGACCAAGAUCUACCCCCUUCCACACAUGUACGUGGUCAAAGACUUGGUGCCGGACAUGAGUAACUUCUACGCUCAGUACAAGUCUAUCGAGCCAUACCUGAAGAAGAAAGACGAGAGUCAGCUGGGCAAGCAGCAGUACCUGCAGAGCAUGGAGGACCGCCAGAAACUGGACGGCCUAUAUGAGUGUAUUCUCUGUGCGUGCUGCAGCACGAGCUGUCCGAGCUAUUGGUGGAAUGGAGACAAAUAUCUGGGCCCUGCUGUGCUUAUGCAGGCGUACCGGUGGAUGAUAGAUUCACGAGAUGAGUGCACAGAAGAGCGACUGGCAAAGCUGCAGGAUCCAUUCUCACUGUACCGCUGCCACACCAUCCUGAACUGCACCAAGACCUGCCCCAAGGGUCUGAACCCCGGCAAAGCUAUCGCUGAGAUUAAGAAGAUGAUGGCCAGUGCGUGAUCUGUGCCCUGCCCACCCAUCCGCCGCAGUGACAAUGCAGUGUUCUGAAGAUAAUCCGAGAUCUGACCAGUUCAUAUGUCCCACCACUAACAUCCUUCAGCUACACACACCCUGUCUCACCUCACACCACUCCGCAAGAGAACAGGCAGAGCAGACUGUGCAUUUGUUAAUAAGAGAAGCUGAACAAAGGAGAAUUUAAUGAUGCGGUAUUUCUUUGUUUUUGUCUAGUACAGAGAGAGUAUGUAUAUGUGCAUGCACGUGCAAAUGUCUGUCUCUACAUCAGUCCGUACCUGCGUGCGAUAUUUCAUUCAGGUGUAAUGUAAUUAGACAAUGGGAGACAGUGACUUGUGUGUAAUAAAUUAACGCCUAAACACCUUCCUUUGUGACAGAAAUUGUAUAUGCUUUACAUGUGCAACGCAGGUUUUCAUUUCUUCUCUCAGUUCCAAAAGUGCUGGUAUACAGGUUUUGCAUGUCCAGUACAUUAUCUCGGGCUUUGUCUCCGUUAUGUGCAGACUGCCACAUGGGGGCGACAGGGAGCGAAUUUCAGGGAAAUGCUCUUUAGACAAACAAGCUGAAGCAGUCAUUGGUAGCUCCAAAAUGAAGUAAAAGACUUUAAAAAAAACAUUUUUUUUUUUUAAAGCAAAAAACCUCUAAUGCUGGAAAGUACAUUUUCUCCAUUUUCUCCUGUUUAUACUGGAUGCUUUGUAUUGUAACUAUAAUGUUUAACUAUAACAUCAAUCUGUGUACUGAGCAGAGUAAUAAGAACUACGUUGCUGAAUGAAAAUCUUUCGCCUAUAUACGCAACUUAUACGAAGCAUUUAUCUUUUUCCAGCAACAUGAAGGAACGGGUUGAAAAAGGUGAAAACUGAGUAACAAAAUCACUGUUGUCUAAAAAAUCAAAAUAAACAAGGAAUAUGUUCAAAUUCUUUCUUUA